AUGACCCUCAGUGUGCAGGGUAUCGCUGACUUGUUUUAUCUGAUUACAUAUGUUACUUUUAUUGUAUUCGCUUACAUCUGCUUUUCUAUCAAAGUGAACUCGGCUCUGACUCGAAUAGUGACGAAUAUCGUUGUGAGGGUAUUGACAUUCUGCUUGACAUUACGUUGUAUGGGCGUUAUGCUCAUAUCGUUCCAACGAUUUACCGCUCUGUGUCUGUGGUCAUCACCUAAAUUUGCGUGGGUCAACAGAGGUUCUCCUAUACGCUUCGUCGCUAUACAAUGGCUUGUGUCUGCCAUCGUGACCUUUCCGAUUCUACCUGUGAUCAAUUCCAAUCUGGGACCGACUCGUGUAUACGCGCUAGUGUUCGAUGCCAUAAGUUACAAGGUGGGUGGUGGAUCAUGUGGGUAG